CCUGAAUGCUGUUGUUAUGAUAAAAUACGCGGCCGACCCCUAGACCAACUGGUCCUGAAGGCGCGAGAAAUUUUGAGGUUUGAAGAUAAUGAAAUCCAAAGGAAGUUCUUGGAAUGCUGCUCUUUCCGACCUCUCAUUACGGCCGGCGUAAUCGGGAAGGCCUCACGGAAACUCUGCGUAAACUUGUCACAGCCGUGCGCCUUGGAUUAAAUUCUGUUUUUUCGGGAAGAUCGGCCCAUUCUCGAUUAAUUUUGCAUCUCGCGGGAAAAGUUAAACGAAUGGGCAAGUGCAGAAGAAAAUGCCUGCACUCAAAGCCUAUAGCAACCCAACGAAUUUUUUUAUUUGAUUUCAUUUCCGGUAGCUUUGGUCGCGCGUCAAUCAGUCGGCGUUUUCAAAGGCAAGAGGGUGGUCUUGGCUCUUGUGCGAAACAAACUGCGCGGGUAUAACUGACAAUGGAUCACGUGAGAGCCAAUCACAACGACGCUACUAAGUUGUAUUAGUCAAUUAGCGUAGAGCCACACGAUAGUAAAUUUGCCAAUGAUUUGUGUUGGAGACAACAACAGCGUAAACUUAGCAUAGCGCCUCAAAUGCGAAUUAUUGCGAUUGGGGAAGGGAAGAGGAACUUAAAACUCCCACGCUUCUCGCUUCAUCGACAUAUUGGGAAAAAAUUCCAAGGCGAUUACAACAUCUCAAGGCGGGGUCCUAAAAAUUCAAAGCGCACGGGCAAAGGUUUCAUUCAAGCGUCGCGCGCACGGCACUAAAAUUAUUUUUCAAGUGCGCGCACCAUGAGUGAGCCUAGCACGGGAACAGAUGAAACCAGCGCUAAGGACUCUUCGACGGAAGGAACACAGGAAACGGUGAACGAACUUGUUCAGGAUGAAAAGCCGUUGUCUGCAACGGAAGUGCCCAGGAAAGGCAAACGAGGAAGGCCGCGAAAGAACUUUGCCGAGGUAGUGUGUGGUAAACAAAUGUAACGUGUUACGGAGCUGCCUCAUUCCGAUCAUGGUGGCGAAUUUCGGAACAUGCAGUAGGGUCAUAUAAGAGAAUAUGAGGUCAUUUGGCAAGGACUAAAAUUAGCGCAGCUUAAAUAUCAAUGGUAAAUGUUUGUUAACUUUUUCACCGCAGAAGCCUGAGGACGAUGGUACACCCGUGAUAAAAAGGCCCAGAGGGCGACCGAAAGGCUCCAAAAAUAAAAAUCCCAAGGUAUGAUAUUUUGUAGAUGGUAAAUUUUUCCUGCCUUCUGUACGCCAAUAUUGUGCGUUAACUUCGAUUCUUACAGCAGCGUGCUUCAUAUAAGUUAUUGUAUUGCUAUAGAAUCUGUGUUAUGCAUGUUUUGUUAUUAAUAUUUUUGGCUCAGAUUGUUGUCCUUGAGCGAAAAAUUAUUCCGCUGUCCCGUGAUGUUGCGCGCAGAAAUUUUGGUGCGACAGUUUGAGUACGGACCGGUUCCCAAUUUUUCGGUGCUUCGCUGUAAAAAUUGCGCAUCUGGGAGUUGUUUUUCGUCGUUUCUGGUGCCAAUCCAAAUAAAUGUAACUUUGCACAUGAGUUUUUCCGUUGAACACGCUAUUGUGAUGUGCUUAAUAAUGCAGAAAGACAAGUGCCAGUCGCAUUGUACUCUCAAUGUUUACAACUGUGGUGCAUAAUAACUUAGUUAUGCGUGCUAAGCAUCACUAAGUAGAGGUACCGAAGUACUCCCUGAGACACGAAAGUCUCGCGGCCGCCAAGCACUCGCUAAGUGCACUCUCGUUCGCUUUGCGUAUAAUGUUAUCGAGAAUUUACUUUCCUUUUACUCAACUUCCGGUAAUUAAAACCCGUGUGUAAAACUUUUCGCGAUCGUCUGUUCCUCAAAGCAUGAAAUUCUCUGCAUAGUUUCUUGCAGUACACCCAUAAAUCACGUGAGGUUUCCAGCGACGCAUGCGUGCGUGUUUCGCGAUGCAGCACGUGUUGUAGCUGUUGUUUUCGCGGGAAAAAUAUUAGCGCGCCAUGUUGGAGCACCGUCUUUCAAUGACAUCGUAAUAAAGAACUUCCACGUGCGCGGUUUUUUUUGGAGUGUUUUGUGAAGGAUCUUUUGUUCCACAUCUGCACAAUGUGUGUAGUGGCUUAGAUCGGAAAACACAGACACUAUGAAAGGUCCACAACUGUGAUAUUGUGGGAUAAGUCUUGGCUCUGUGCCCGAUAAGAAACGAUAAAAUUAUCGUGGAAAAUCGAGUGGAAAUCAAUGGAAUUAGGGCUGAAACUGAACGCCGUUGCCACGCGCUGAAAGAAUUGCAAUCCUACGCGGAUGUAAAAGUGGGUUAUAACUUCCUACUCUAAAGCGGUAGUCGAUUGGAAAUUCGUUUAGCGAUAAGAAGGCGUAUGAAAAUGUGUCCCUCAUAAAUUGAUUUUUUUCACGUGGGAUUCGUGAUACGUAAUACAAACAUUGUACACCGUAGUUACCAAGUGAUCGCUCAUUGAAAUCGCUGAUCAACGAGUGACUUUCGGAAGAAAAAGUCUUGAAUGAAUGUAAAAAGGAAGUUUUGCCCCAUCCGCUGAUUUUUUGUUUUUUCAUGAUUUUGCAAAACACCUCGUUCAUAACACUUCCUACAUUUGAGGUAGUAGACACUUGACGUUUACUCUUAAGGAACACGUGCAUUCGACGCGGUUUCAUCGAUAGAAUUUCAUGAUCGGUUUGAAAGCGUUGGUGUUCUCGAUUUCUUUUUCAAUUUCACGAAAAUUACUCGGACCGUCUUUGUGCUGGAAGUUUUAAACGAAUGGUGAAGUUUCGAAGUACUAUUUUCAAAUACACACCGGAAACCGCAGGAAAGUACCUUUCGCUUUCGUCCUUUGUUUCGCUGGAAAGAACGUUAAGACAACAAAGCAGAGCAAAGAAACACUUUUAUUAUCUCUGUUUAAUUCUUGCCUAAUGUUGUUUUGGUGAACAAUUGCAGUGAGGUACCUGAGGAAAAAAAACACAUAACUUUUGUUCGUGUGUGUCCCUGCGUUUGCACGGAUCACACGCUUCAGAGUUCAGAUUUUUUAAAUUCACGGUUUCAUCGUCUCCGGUCGGCCACCCACUUGAUAUGCUAAUCGGGACAAAUUUGAAAACAAUUUAGAGAUAUCGCUUAAUCAUUUUUAAUCCCACAGCCGGGUAUACAUUGCAGGUGACACAUUGCUUUAAAAGAAACUUUGCCUAGGCUUUCUUUGAAUUUUGUCAACAAUGUCAACUUUUCAAGUUCUGCACUGCAGCUGCCAUGAGAUGGAGGUUGCUCUGAGGAGUCUUCCUGUUUUAAUUUUGUUCCGAUUUCUUUCAUAUUACGGCCAAUUCAAACGGUUAAUCACUCCUUAUUUGAAAAACAUCACCAAAAAUCGACGUUAAGUAAUCAUAAAUGCUAAAUAGGACCAACUUUCUAAAACUUGAUUAGAAAUUGCAACGUAUAUAAACCCAAGUCAUGAAAAUUUUCGUUUUUCUUAACCUGAUAGUUUGAUGGUGGAAUAAUUUCCAAUGUAAUUUUCUAUAGAAACAUGCAUAUUUAUAAAUACAUUUGGUGUCACCUUUCCUCCAUAGAGACUAAUAAAAUCAAAAAUAAAAAUAGAAAUGGAAAAUAAAUGCAUCAAGGUACAUGAAUAUUUUCAUUAGUUAACCUUAAAAAAAAAUUCACUGCCUUUGAGAAACUAGUAUUGCACAAUCUCUUUCACUGAAUGUUGGUUUUAUUUGUUAUUAUUGGUUGGUGAUUUUAAAUAAUUAUACAACCACAUGGCCAUAAGAUUUAAUGAAGGCUGUUUUUGACAGUUGUUAUAAAUAUAUGAGGUCAAUGACAAGCUAUUUUUGGACAACACUUGACAAAAAAACCUCUGUGAGUCAUGCAAAGCUGAAAAAAAGAACUAAUAGCAAAAAGAUUGAUGUCUGGGUCCUUUUAAAAUUUUCAGAGUUGGAUGCCAAAUGGGUGUAGCAUCAGUCUUUGUCUAUUUUGACCUUUUUUGUUAUGAGUAAUUGUGGGCAAUAUGUCCAUAGGGAGAGGGUUAUUUUUUUUUUUUUUGAUAGAUGUAGAUGUCUACAAUCAAAGGGGUGGAUUUAGCUUAGUCUAGAUUCAUUUUCCUUGAGUGGCUUAAAAAAAGGUGUCUUUUUGAAAACCACACUUUAUGUAUGAUUGGUGGAUCGUUUAUGAUCAGUUAUAAAAUUGUAAGCUCUUUUGAUCAUAAAUCUUUGGGAAAUAAUUGAAAGGCUCAGAGCAAGAACGAUCCCUUGAUUUUUCGGCCAUUGAUUUUUCAGUCCACAUGCCAAAAUUCAACUACUUCUGAACACUUUCAAAAAUGGCCGAAAAAUCAAGGGAUCGUUCUUGCUCUGAGCCUUUCAAUUGGAAAUUAAGGAUCUGAGAAAUGUAGGUAACAGAUGAUAGAAGAAAUAGAUGAAAAGAAAGAAAAGGAGAAAAAAGAAGAAGGAGUAGAGAUAGACAAAAAUGCUCAUAGUCUGAUAUACUUUUAAUUCACCUCAAUAAUACAAAGCCAAGCUAAAAUGAAGACAAAGUGAAACUGAGGAGAAACCUUUGGUUUGAUGUGGGUCCGUCCUGGUCAGAUCCGAGGUUAACCCUCUAAACCCUUAGAGUGACUAACCUCAAAUUUCUCCCUACAAUAUCAUCCCAGAAUCACACAUUAAGGUCAUGAGAAUAAAGGGAAUGAUCACUAAGGAAAGAAGCUUUUGAUCACCAAACAAAUUCUCCUUGUCAGCACCUUAGGAAAUGUAUAAAGAGCAGUAAGGAGAAUAUGCAUACUGAUGUUAGGGUGUAAAGGGUUUAGGCGGGAAAGAAGAAGAGGACCAUGUUUAUUGUUCCCUGUGACAAUUUGAAAUUUCUACCAUCUGCAAAGCUGAUAUAACAUGCACCCACAUGUAAACUAAAUUUUCCUUAGAGUUCUUGGGCCCUCAGAAAGUCUUUCCUAUGUUCCUCUGCUCCUCAAACUUAUCUAGGAUAUUGCUCACAAUUUUGCAUGUUUAACACCCUGUUCACAAGGUUAGCUUACUUUUAUCAUUCUCUAAAGAAGUCUACAGUAUCCUUCAUCCCUAACUAUACAACAGACCAUAAUGCCAUAUUCACCACGACAACAUAAAAAUAUAUGCUAAAUGUGGUAGAUUAGCAUUCUUUGUACCUCCCAUAACUUAUUUCACAACAGCAAAAACAUGUUGGAUUGGUCCACAAGCUGAUUACCUACAACAGCUGUUUCUGCCUUAUUCAAAUACCCUAUUGAUGAAAUAUAAAUAACACAUGCAAUGAGCCUUGUAAUUGGGUUAUUGACUGAGCAGGAAGCUCUCAAAUCUGUUAAAAUGCUUUUAUAUUCUCAAGUGUUGCUUUCAAUUAGGAAAACAACUUGUAUCAAAGAAGACACCAUUAUCAUUACAGCUUUGUACAAAGGCGCUCCACAUUUAUACAUUUGGAUAAUUUCAAAAAACUAGAAAGCUGAAUGAUGUAGAUGUGCAUUGUUUUAGUUGGGAAAGAUUUCUUCAGGCUUUAAUGUUUCCAAUUAUCAGCCAAUGAGCAAGAUUCUAAGAUUUGAGUAAACCUAUCAUUUCAUUACCAGCUGUAAUUAACAAGGUGUGUCUGCUGAAACUCAUUAUUAAGUAUUUUUCUCAUCAAAACAAGCUUAAUAAAGGAUUCCCCUAUUGAAAAUAUAUACUUUUAUCAUUGGCUGUAGUGUUUUUAACCCUUUCAUCAGGACUAGAAUAUUGCAUCAACAUUGAUUACCAAAUCUUAUUCAUUGUAAAAAGAAAAAGGAAAAAGAGAAAUAAAACUAGAGAAAAAUUCAUCAACAUAGGGGUACAAGACCUCAAAUUCCUUUAUAAAUCCUGAAAAAAAUGAACUGGUAUAGGAUAUAGCCAUGCAUUUUUACAUUUUUAUAGCCAUGCAGUUUGUGAUACGAGAUAAUAUAGAUUUAGCUAAGCCUAAAAGUGGAACUCGCACUUUUUUUUUUCCUGCACAUCUCAAGGGCACAAUGCCUUGCCCUGGCUAGGACUAGAACCUGGGUGGUCCGACUUGGAGCCCAGUGCACUGACCACUGGACUACUGAACAAAGCCAUGGCAUUGGUAUGCCCGCGGUACAGUUGACCACGCAUGUUAAAAGUAGCACCUUGUAUGGUCGUACAGUCAUGCGGUCAUACAUCCAAAUUUUUUUGGCUUGAUGGGUUACUAGUAUUUUGUUUAAUUAUGGGGCUACGCUCUGCCAGCUCUGUUAUUAAUCUGAAUCCCAAGGAAAUUAGGACAAUUAUAAGAGUGGUGUCGGUUUUUCCCCUAUACAUAUAUGCUGUGGUGGCUGGUCUCUAGAUCACACUAGAGGUUCAGGUUUAAGAUGUAGCCAGGUCUUUGUGUCAUGUUUGGUGGGCAGCAGCCAACUUGGCCCCAGUACAGACUUUAUCAUUUUAUCAUUAGCCCUAGACACCACAACUACUUCUCUAUCCUUCUGACUCUCUUAUGUACACACCUUAACAAUUAUCUUUACAUCACUCAUUCAAUGAAGUUGUUGUGGAAAACAGAAAAACUCUGAUUAGAUGGAUGGAUACAUUUUAGGAGAAAGUUUGAAGGCCUCAAAACUGAAGCGAAUUUUUUUUUCCAUUUUACAGCCAAAACCAGUUCCAACAGGACCAAAGAGGCCAAGAGGAAGACCUAGAAAAUGGGUAGGACAAAUCUACUGGAAAGACCCUUUAUCAUUCACAUGAAUUUUUCUGUUUAUCCUUGCAAUCUGAUCAGCUAUCAGCAAUGCAAUUUAUUCAUGAGUUGCACUAUUUUUUGCUCUAAAUUGCAUCCUUUUCCUAGCCAAUAAGAGAGUGACACCAAAACGAAAUGACCAAUUAUAUUUCAUGACUUGUUUAAAUUAACUUGUGAAAUUGCAGGGAAGUGAAAAACAAGGGAGCCAUUGUAAAAGUGUUCCUGUUUCCACUUUUUUUUUUAACCAAUGGGUUUAGUGCUGGAUAAUUAAAUAAUUUCUCUGACUAUAAUACUGUGUUUGAGCAGUUAAAUUUUGCAAUUUCAAAAUGGUCAUAAAUCAGUAGUAAUUGAAAUUCAUACAAGUAAUUUCAGAUCAAAUUCCAUUGGGCUCUUAGUUCAAUAAAUUACCAUUAGUAAUCAGUCUAACACUCAGAACAAUCUGUUAUGUUUCUAUAAACUACUUUACUUUAUGUGAAACUAAGCACAAAAAAUACCUUAUAACAUAUACCCUGCACACCCUAUAAUUUCAGUUCAUAUCACAUGCCUUAGUUAGAAAUACAUGAACAGACAGACUUGCAGAGAAACUCAGAAGUCAUCACCUCAGACAGGCUCAAGCUUGAUAAAUAAUCUCUCUUUUGUCGAGAACCACUGAUGCCCACCUGAACUGAGGUAGCAAAACCAAAAUCAGUGAAUUGUUCCUUGGAUGAUAGUACAAGCAUCUUUGUUCCUUGCAAAUCAGAUCCCAACCCUGCCCCAAGCGUUCCUGUAUAAUGGGACUUGAAUUGUCAGCUGCCUAGCUACUACAUGGUGUCUCUUGAAUAUUGGGGUUUACUUAAUGCAGUUUAAGCUCUUCUUCAUUUGGCUGGUAGAUCUCAUAGCAACAUAAUUCUUUUUCUUUGUAACUUCUAAUCAUAUUACAGCCUCUUCCUGAUGCAUCUCAACCAAAAAGAAGCAGAGGAAGACCAAGGAAGAAUGUGAGUAAUGCUCAUGUCAAAAUCAGGGGCACAGGAGUACCCUCUCCUUUUUCAUCUCCCAUACCACUUUCACUUCUGCCCCCCCCCCCUUCCAUAAUCAAGGGCUCCGCUUACAUGUCCUCCUUCACUAAUGUCAAACAUCUCCACUUAAAAAAAAUAAAUAACUGCUUGUUUGUCAAGGAUAUGGUUUUGGAAAGUAAUUGAGAGGAAAGUUUGGUAAAUUCACAAAUUUCAGGACUUCUUAAUGGAAAAUUUUAGUUUCAUUCUAACAGUCAAACAAAUACUGUCCAAAUUCUUGGAAGCAUAUUUUUUAAGCUGACAUUAAUUUUUUGUAGAGUUAGCAUAAUUACAUUCAAAGAAAAAUUUUCCUUUGAUCUCUCCAGAACAAGUUGCUACUUGUAUUACCAGACUCAUCUCUGCACUGAAAACAAGCCAAAGUCGUAACUUUUGUUCAUAUUUUCAUGUAGUUGUAUUUUUAUGCCAAGCUAUGUCUUCUCUUCCAGGCAAAUCCAACUUUAGAACUUCCAACCAUGGUUAAUACCACUACAGAUCAAACAUUGACCAAUGAUACAACAGCAUCUGUGACGGCACCAAUUGCAACUGACAUUGUUCCACCAGAUGAUCUAUUUGACAGUGAUGACAUUGAUUGACUGUGUUGUUGACAGAUUGACUAAUGCUUGUGUGUUCUUGAGGUUGGAAGGUAUAAAAGAGGUGUGAUGAAAAUUGGACACCAACAGUGUUAUUUUGACUCAGUGGUGUAUGGAAAGUAGGCUAUCAAAAGUAUAUAUAUUUAGCUAGAGAGCAGUACAUUAGAUGUUAUUUUGACCCAAGUAAAUAUAAGACAUUCAUAAUUUUAUUACAAAAUUUUCCAUUACACCAAAUAAUUAUAUCAUAGUAAUUAUCCUACAACUCUGCAACUUAUGCACUACUGGUAAUGAUGCAAUGAAAUUAAUAUUUGUAUAAAGUAAAAGUUAUAGUAUAUAAUAGUUUGCUGCAAAGCUCUGGAAAUAUUCCACAUGCUCACUUGCUAAGCUAAUGGCUGAAGUAUAAAAAGAUUAUGGUUGACAUCAGUGUGGUGUCUAAAAUAUCUACUUAGAUUCUUUGGGAAUCUUAAUGUGUUUGAUGUUAUAUUGAUUGUCAAGUUCAUUGACAUUUGAGCAAAGAUGCUUGCAUUGCAAAUCUGCCAAAUGUGAUGCUGUUAGAAUUAAAAUAUUUGUUGUGUAUUGCUAUACCAUGUGUACAUAUUUUAACAUUUUGAAAUUAUAAUGAUAAUCAUUAUCCAUGCAUUCUGACGUAGAAAUCUAAUUUUUACUUUGGAGCAAUUCCAGUCUCAGAGGAACAGUGGACCCACCCCUCCCCUAAUCCAACAGCCGUUAACUGAUAACAACUUGGGGUUAAUGUUGGGUUAGGGGAGAGGUAGGUGUACUGUUGCUCAGAUACUGACAUUGAUUCCUUACUUUUAACACAUACAUGAAUUCAAAUUUUUCAGUUUUGAAAUUUAAAGUAGAACAUUAAAAAUUUAGUCAUCAACAGUUUUUUUUAAUUAUUAACCCUGAUGAAGUGUGGUGGCCAUACCAUUACAAGUUCAACUGGUGAAACAAGGUGAUGAUUGAAUUUCACCCUGUCAUGUUCUAGCCAAUGGUAUGGCUUCAUCAUGUUUUAUCUGCAGUGAAGUUUAGAAGGUCUUUAAAAUGUCCACUGUCCUGAUUCUUUAUUAGGUAAAAUGAAAAUUUUGCAUCAAUGGUAUUCCAUCGAUGUCAAGUCACUUCUAGGAGUUAAAGAGUAUACUUAAAAUUUGAAACUAUCUGUUACAGUUGGGUUGUUUUUGUUUGCUUGUUUGCUUUGUGUUUGGUUGCACAAAAGGUGACUAACAGUACUUGAAUGUCUUGUAUGUUAAGUACUUUUCAUAAAAGUUAAGUAGGCCUUCUAAUGGUCAAAUGAGUUUAAACAUAAGUGUUUAUUGUCAGCUAAAUCAUUUUCUAUCAUUGAUUUUGCUGUAUUUUUCAAUAACGAAUUACCAUAGAAGUUUAAAUUCAAACUAAUGCUGUUUCCAAUGGCCCACAUUCAAUAUUAAUAGUAUAUUCUCCUCUAAAACUGUGUUUAGAAGAAGACAUGACUUCUCCCAUAUUCACACCAAAGCUUAGACAUGUUUUUAAGCUGUUUUGUUGACCAUGAGUUAACAACUUUUUUUUAAUCCAUUGAAGCUGCUUGCACCAAUGUUUGUGGCCUUCAACCAUACCAUUUUCAAGUUGGUGAUUACCUGAAUCCUCAAGGAAAAUUCAGUUUUUCAGUCCUCUGUUUCUGAUUUUCAUUCAGUUAAAACCAGUUUAACUAAAAUGUUUUGCUGGUGUGAAUGGGGUAUGAUGAAAAAAUAUAUAUAUAUAAAUAUUGUGAAAAUAGCAAAUUUUGUCAACUUCUAUCAAUUUCUUUAUUUUCAUGUAGCUAACUUAAAACUUUCACCAUACAAACUCCAGAAAAGCUAAACAAACUAGUAAAUGCAUGGAAGGAAUUUUUAUUUCAUUAUUUAAUUUUUUUCCUUAAUAAUGAUCCCCUGUGAGUCCUGACUGGGUAAACAAAACAAUCUAAUGUCCCAGCUUCUUGUUCUGUAGCACAGAUCAAAAAGAAGGACCAAACAAAUUCUCUUAUUAGAACACAGGAAUGGGCCUUGUUUAACCACACAUAUUAAAAUUGCACCUCUUGGAAGUCUCUAAAAUGGUCAUUACAUGGUAGCAUUAGAGAAGUGAUUUUGAACUCAUCUGAGUUUGCUUGUUAUUGAAAAGCACAAGAGAAAGCAUGUUUCCUAUUGAAAAGGAGACCUUGUUGUUAAUUCUUCCAGGUUUUAACUUUGUUAUGUAAAACCAUACAAAUAAAUGGAAAAAAUAAAAGCCAAAAAUAAAAACCACCUCAGACAUUUGUCAGUAUUUUAGAGCACCUCAUUCAUGGAGCUCCUGCAGUGCAUCAACAUCACUCCAGGAGCUUCCUGUGGCACACUAAUGUCAAUUUUCAUGACAGACUUUGCUGAAGGGUAGGACUGCUUGUAGUCUACAG